AUGGAUCUUGGUCUUCAAUUGGAUGCCACCGCAAGUGAAGUUCUUGAAGACCCUACUCAAUUCAGAAGAUUGUUGGGAAGGUUAAUGUAUUUGAUUAUCUCAAGGCCAGAUAUUAUUUUUCCCAUAAACAGGCUUAGUCAGUUUAUGCAAGCUCCAAGGACACCUCACCUUCAAGCUUUUCAUCAAGUCCUUCAAUACCUCAAAGCAGCUCCUGCCCAAGGUUUGUUCUUUUCUGCAAACAACAAUUCCAUUGUCACAGCUUAUGUAGACUCUGACUGGGGCAAUUGCAAGGAUACUAGAAGGUCAACAACUGGUUUUGUGUCUACUUGGGCUCAUCUCUCAUCUGUUGGAAGUAAAAAAAGUAACCCACUGUUGCAAGGUCCUCAGCAGAGGCUGAGUAUAGAGCUUUAG